AUGGAACACUCCAUUGAGAUUACCUCAAUAGAUGACCAAACUCCACUGCUUCUUCAAACUGAAAAAGAUGAGAAAUGUAUAAAUCAAAUCUUUGAUAAAAUGUUUGAGGAUUUGGACAAAUCAUCUCUUAAAUUUCGUACCAUAUUCAAAGUAAACGUGCGACUACGUGAAUCAAAUCCAGAUGCUUAUACACCAAAGAUAGUGUCUAUUGGUCCUUAUCAUAAGAAAAAUCCUCAACUUGGUCCAAUGGAAAAGUACAAAUUAUUGUACCUACGACGGUUUCUGAAACGAAGAGAGGGGGUUGACGUGAAAUCUUGGAUCGGUAUAUUGGAGGAAAUAAAGGAGGUAGUACUAAGGCGUUACGACAAUAUAGAAAACGUUGAUACUGAUGAAUUUUGCAAAAUGUUAUUGCUUGAUGGUUGUUUUGUGGUUGAGUUUAUUCGAGAGUGUUCUGAAAUAUAUCCAGAAGAAGAAAACAAAAUUAUCGAUUUUGUUGAUUACAAAUAUAAUCAACUACUCCGAGACUUGUUGUUACUAGAAAACCAACUUCCUUUCUUUAUACACAAAAUCCUUCAUUUAAUGACAGCGAAAACUGAUGAAUUACCAUUGGAAAAACUGGCGAUCACUUUGUUUAGGCAUGUUGUUAACUUGGGAUAUAUGUCAGCAGACGGUUUGAUAUUUGAUAAUGAAAAAUGUGAUAUGAAACAUUUACUUGAAGUAGUACACGUUGUUUCAUGUCCGAGGAAUUCCGAUGAGAAAUGGGCAAUCGACAAUGAGACCAAGUGGAAUAAGGUCAUGCCAAAUGCAACAGAGCUUUCCGAAGCUGGAGUUAGAUUUGCAAAGGUCAAUCAGACGACAAGUUUAUUUGAUAUAAAGUUUGAGAAUGGAUUGAUGACAAUACCUUAUAUUGAUGUGGUAGAUAGUACUGAAACCCUCCUAAGAAAUUUCAUUGCUUAUGAGCAACAAUCAACUGAAUUACAAUAUUUAUAUUUCAGUGAUUAUGCAAUUUUUAUGGAUCAUCUUAUCGACUCAGAUAAAGAUGUGAGUUUGCUUCGCCGUAAAAAAAUCAUAGCAAACUGGAUAGGAGAGGACAAAGAAGUGGCUAGCCUCUUCAACAAAAUCGGAAAUGGGGUCACUACAUAUUCCAACUUCUAUUACAGAAAAGUAUUCUUAGAAGCAGCUAAACAUUGUGAUGAAAAACCAUGGAACAGAAAGAUGGCAAGUUUGAAGCAUAAUUAUUUUAGUAGUCCUUGGGUAGGAGCUUCAACUAUGACAGCCGUCAUACUCCUCAUACUCACAGCUAUACAAACUAUUCUAGCUAUCAUAAGCGCCUUUAAAGGUAAUAAGUAA